AUGGAGACCAAUCUUUUAAUCGAAUGCGAAGUCAACGGAAUACAAGUUCCCUCAUUUCACUUUAAGGAAACGGAACUCGUCGCUUGCUACAGGGCUUUGACCAACCUUCGGAAUCUAUUGUUCCAAGAGCAUAUGCUCGAACUUCUUCAAGACCAGAUCGACGAGGGAACUAAAUACUUCGAAUCGCUGUUAGCAGCGUCAAACCACCAAUAUACGGAAAGUGCGACCCAUAUGACUGUAAAUGGACUGUCAGCAAGAGAGUUUCGAUCCAUGACCGGUCGCUGGUACAAAACCCAACCGCUCGACUGGAUGGCCUUCAGAUAUGUAUUCCCAGCACACCCGGCGGUAUAUACAGUCCUAUGUGAGACAGAUAAGAACACAGAGUAUGAAGCUCUGGGCAAGGUGCAAAUGAUUGGAGAUCAUAUGGCAAAACUUUGGGUUGUUGAUCCCACGAGGAGUCUGGAGAUAAUCCCGGAGUGGUUGACGGCGCUGCAUAAUCCCCGGUAUGAAAUGAAAGACUACUCAAUUGUCAAACUUGACAGUGGGAGUGUCUUCUUCUAUCUCAUGAACGAGUUUACAGAGACUGAAGAUGGUUGCAAGAUCAGGUUGCGGGCAUUCUUCCCUUCUGCUUCGCCCGCAUCGCUGGUCAGUCAAUAUGCACUGCAUCAAGCUAUUGACUACCGCAACCUGUUGUGUAUGGUUCAGACAGUUGUUGAGGCUGAACAGGACUCCUAUUGA